GUCCCUGCCCGGGUCGGCAGCUGCGGGAGGAGUCCUGGCUUCCCGCAGCCCUCCCUCAGCCCCGCCUCACGGCUGCUGCUUUCGCUUUCGGUUCUGCAGCGGCGGAUGCCGGCAGCAAGAUGUCGGGAGAUCAGCAUGGUGAUGGCUUUACUCAAGAGAGAGGCAAUGAAGAUCGUGAUGAUGUAGUUGAUGCAAAGCCCGACAGAAGUAGCAGGUUUUCACUUUUUGGAAAAAAAAAGAAGAAUGGAGAAGAAGAACACGCAAAGCCCUCUCUCAGUAAUCAGUACCGAAUUGUUACACCCACGUUCCAGUAUAAUAUGGACUAUAAGAAAGUUGGCAAAUGUAUUAUUAUAAACAACAAAAACUUUGAAGACAGAACAGGAAUGGGUACGCGCAAUGGCACUGAUAAAGAUGCGGGAGAUCUAGCCAUGAGUUUUAAAAACUUAGGUUUUGAGGUUUACACAUACAAUGACCGGAGCCGUAAUGAUAUGGAAAAAUUACUGAAGCAAGCUGCUGAGGAGAAUCACAGCGAUGCUGCUUGUUUUGCCUGUAUCCUUCUAAGCCAUGGGGAAGAAGGUCUCAUCUAUGGUACUGAUGGACCCAUGGCUAUCAAGAGUUUGACUGCGCUCUUCAGAGGAGACAAGUGUAAAAGCCUUAUAGGCAAACCCAAACUCUUUUUCAUUCAGGCAUGCAGAGGCUCUGAAUUUGAUGAAGGUAUACAAACUGACUCUGGACCUGCAAAUGACACUCUGGAAACGGAUGCCAAUCCAAGAUACAAAAUCCCAGUAGAAGCAGAUUUUCUGUUUGCGUAUUCGACAGUGCCAGGUUAUUAUUCCUGGAGGAACCCUGGAAGAGGCUCCUGGUUUGUGCAGUCUCUGUGCUCUGUGCUAAAUGAGCAUGGAAAACAACUUGAGAUCAUGCAGAUCCUCACACGGGUCAACUAUGUGGUUGCCACAAAUUUUGAAUCUCAGUCUGAUGAUCCACGCUUCAGUGAGAAGAAGCAGAUUCCCUGUGUGGUCUCUAUGCUCACCAAGGAACUUUACUUCUGAAAGUGUAUUUUAGUGCAGCCAGAGAUGAGAGAUUGGGAUAUGGUUUUGGGUGGAGAUUUGAUUAUGAAUGGGAGUAACAAAUUUUUAAGAAUAGAAAUACAAUCACUCUAGAUUUUUGUAUUGUAUAAGCUGAGGUAUCUGAUGGUUGGACAAUAUGCAAGAUUUUAAAGAAAAAAUAAAUGCUGUGGGCCAAACUGACAGCUAACACUGAUUACUAUAUCUUAAUUUCUCGUAGCAUGGCUGACAGAAUUUAUGGCUACUGAAGGUGUUCGGAGAGUUAGCUACUUGACCCAUACAGAUUUAUUCCAGAAAACAGUCUAUAAAUUAAGAACAACAAAUUUAAAUCAUGAGACUCCCAUCUUUUCUUUCACUGCUAGCUCAUGGAACCGUAGCUUCCUUGGAAAUUUCCGAAUACCAUCAUAUUAUGGGUAUGUCUAGUGAUGAAACAGUUUGUAGCUAUUUAAAAGGGUGUUUCUUAGUCUAAUAUGUUCUUUUCCUUUUUAUGAACAUUAUUAAUGAAGAUUAAUGGUUGCUCUGUUCUUAAUCUAGAAGUCAAUUCACUUAGUUAUCAUUCUAGCAUAAGAUGGAUAAAUAAAAUAUCAGUAUUUGUAGAUGAUUUACCUGAAUAGUAUGGAAUUGUAAGAAACAGAAAAAACAGAACGAAAAUCUUCUACAAGAAUUGGUAAACUGUAGUUGGAUGAUGCCUUAUUAAAGUGCCAUUGUAAAGUUUUUUGCCUUGCAAAUGACAACUGCUGUUAUAGAACAACCUGAAACAGUGGUAUUGCAGGUUUUGUGCUUGCAGAAAUAAAAGGUUCUGCUGGUUGAUACAGAAAUUUUGAACCAACAGAAAGUUAAUGCCAAAGGGGUUUUAUGAAAUAAUAAAAUUUAAUGUUGAAAUUAUAGAAUUAUAUGUUCUAGUGACAAAUGUAUGUUUAGAUACAGCUUCUCUCUGUGAGUAAUUUUACCAAGACUGGAAGUCUUACUUGAAUCAGAAACCAGAAGUGCCUUUCUAGUUACUGUACUGUCUUUUUUUUUAUAUAUUAUGGGGUUAUAUCGGUAAUAUUUAUAUUCAUACUUUUUAUAUUCUCUUUAGAGUUGCUAGCUAGUUCUAAAAAGUAAGUUUAGUGAUUUGGUUAAAGUGAUAAAUGAUUAGUUGUUCACCCUUUUCCCAGUUACUUUACUCUGUACUCUUCUGAAAUCUUCUAAGCAAAUAAGCGCCAAUUGUUAAAGCCAGAUUGCCAAAUUAAUAUUUUCUUACAAGCACUGUGGCAUAGUGAUGCAUAUAUUUUUUUCAUACGUCAAAUUUACAGUUUGAAUUAAAUUAUUUUUAUGGACAUCUUCAGCAUGAAAUCAAUAAAGAUCUUUUU